AUUCUUCCGUUCUGUGAUGAUUAUGUUAGGAAAAGUAGACAUGCAAGAUACAGGUUUGCUACUUCAUUAUUGUGCUUCAUCGAAUGUUAACAAGAAGCUGAUUUUGAGGAUCCUAGAGUAUAGUUUUAUCACUGCUGGAGUGGCAAAUGUUUUUGCUAUUUAUCUGCAGUCAACCUUUGAUUCUGGCCAAGUUUCAUCCUGCGUAACUGACACAUGCAGAAUCAAUGAACCAAAUGAUGGCGAAUGCAAAAGUAGGACGUUGCAAACACGGAGUCAUGUAGCAAAAUCCCUUGGUUACAAGGACGGGAAAACAGGGAAAUUACUGCUGGAGUCUUCGUGAUCAGGCAACAUCAUAAGGAGCACCAGGUCUGUAGUUGUACACCGCCAGAGGCAUCUUCA